UUACACUUGCCUCCUUAGUGGGAUAGUAAUACAAGAGCUGUAGAAAAAAGAGAGUGAAGGAUAGCUAAAAGAUGGAGAAAAAGGAAUCGUGUGAUCAGUGGGACGGACAUGAGGGGGCCUGCUCAGUACAUAACUGUGAACUCCAGUUUCGCCGGAGUGCUUUCUAUAGAGAUACACCGUCUCCAUUACUCAGAGCAUCACUGCUGUCAUACAGACACCAGAGCUCGGCUUCAACUCCAGGACCCCCGGGCCACAGAAUAGGAGCCCACUUAUUCAUCUGAAGAGGACAAGACCACAGAAGGCUCAUAGAGACUCAACAAGAGACAGUCAAAUAAGUCAACAGUCAGACAGAUAGAGAAGCAGUGUUGGUGUGGAGCAAUGGGGGACUGGAGUCUCCUGGGUAACCUUCUAGAAGAGUUGCAGGAGCACUCUACAUCAGUAGGGAAGGUGUGGUUGACUGUGCUGUUCAUUUUUCGCAUCCUGGUCUUGGGCACGGCCGCAGAGUCAUCAUGGGGUGACGAGCAGUCUGACUUCAUGUGUGACACGAAACAACCUGGUUGCACAAAUGUCUGUUAUGACCGAGCUUUCCCCAUUGCACAUAUCCGCUACUGGGUUCUGCAGAUCGUCUUCGUAUCAACACCAUCCCUCAUCUACAUGGGCCAUGCCAUGCACACAGUUCACAUGGAAGAGAAACGAAGGCAGAGGGAGCAGGAGGAGAAAGCUAUAGGAGGGAAUGAGGGAGGAAGAGGAGAGAAAGAGUAUUUGGAACAGAAAGCCAUAGAGGUACCGACAAAGAUCCGCCUAAGAGGGGCGCUGCUUCAGACAUAUGUCCUAAGUAUUUUGAUGCGCUCAGUCAUGGAAGUGACCUUCAUUGUCAUCCAGUACAUGAUGUAUGGAAUCUUUCUGAAAGCUCUGUACCAUUGCAACACUUGGCCAUGUCCCAACCCAGUGAACUGUUACAUGUCACGGCCAACAGAGAAAAAUGUCUUUAUUGUGUUCAUGCUAGUGGUGGCAGCUGUGUCACUGUUCCUCAGUGUGGUAGAGCUGUACCACCUCGGUUGGAAACAGUGUAGGCAGUGCCAUAGAAAGUACACCGAAAACCGUGCCAUUGAUGGUAAAAGCAAAAAUGGCAAAGUUGUUUCCACUGUCAAACCUGGCAUGGCAACUAUUCCAAUGGAACGUCCUGACUCCACUCAACCACACCCUUCCCAAACCUGUACCCCACCCCCAGAUUUCAACCAGUGUGUAGUGUCCAGUCAAGGACCCACAUCACCUCCACAUCUUCAUCACCACCAUCUUCAUCACAUACACCAAACCUUCCAGCCCUUCACCAACCAUCUGGCCCACCAGCAGAACUCUGUCAAUAUGGCCACCGAGCGGCAUCAUCAUAGUCAUGAUGAAUUGGAGCCUGAUGAGGACUUCUUGCGAAUGAGCUUUGGGACCCCAGCGGCUCGGGUGCCUUGCGGGCAUGUACCGAGUGAUGUGACACCCAGCGCCCCCUCCACACCGUCCUCCCAUCCAGGCUUCUUUGGAGACAAGCGGCGACUUAGCAAGACCAGUGGUGCUAGUAGUAACCGGGUCAGACCGGGUGAUCUGGCUGUGUAGGGUGGAUUAAAACACCAUGAGUGCAGUUUUGUUUCCUGUGAUGAUGGAUUUCAUAUUGGAAUAGGAAGUUUGGGCGUCAGAUCGAAGGGCUUGUCUCUUUCUUUUUACUGUAAAUGGCCAAUAGGCUUUAGUUUAAAUCACAGCAAUGAAGCAUGAUUUACUACUAACUAGUCUGUUGUAUAGGUAAAAUUCUCAUUCUAGAGAACAUGAUUGGACACAAACCAGUGUAGUGCAAGAUGAGACAUCAGUAUUUUUGUCCAUUUUCCCAGAUGUGAAAGACUGAGUACAUAAUAGAUAAAAAUUUAUUUGGUCAACAAUCAUGGUUAAAAUUCCCCCCAAUAUUUUUAAGGGUCUUUAAAAGGCUUUCCCAGAGGAAGAGAUGCAGUGAGAUGUGAAGAGAUGCACUAAGAGGAGAGAUAUGCAACUGAAAGGUGUGCAUAUUUUUAUAUAUUUAUUUGGCCAGCUUUUUCUAGAGUGCAAGGGGUAAGAAGGUAAUAAAUAAAACCAUUAAACAGAGUUCAAUAAGAUAAAGAGAGAGAGCAAGGCAGAUGAUCUGUAUCAGAGCAUUUUAUCUGGUUUCACUGAAACUGUAGUUGUAGAUGUGAAUGUCGAUUUAACAGGCUGGAUGGAAGGAUGGAAGAUGACAGGUCUACUGAUACUGACCUUGGUUACAUUCUUAAGUGAUUUUGCAAACUUAUAAUGUUUGCAUCAUGAUCCUGCAGAUUCUGAUAUGCUAUUUUAAAAUCACACCAUAUUGUUGUUAAAAUCUUGAUUUUGGCUUUUGUAGUCUGGGCUCUGUCCUAAUGCCAUGCCUUGUGUGUGGGAUGAUUCAAUUAAGGUUUAUAAAAUGCAGUGUGAUUGGGAAUAAAAUGACAAUAGAAGAGAGACACUGACCUAAUGCAAGUAUGCUACUUAUAAUUGAAUCUCAUAAGUGAAUUUGUGCAAUUUAUUGCACUUCUUUGUGUGGUUGAUUAGUGCUAUUAUAUGUAUUUCUGUGUGAUCUGGUAAGCAGGAAAGCACCACUAAACAUGUGAAUUAUUGACACAUGAGAACUGUUGGUUACAAACUCAGAUAUGACACCAGAGGCACCAAAUUAUAAUUUAUUUAUAUUUAGACAUCAAUAAAGUGCCUUUAGAAAGAGAUCAAAACUCUUGUGCUACAACACAUUGUUCUUUCUAGAUGUGAAUAAUAAAAUAUUUGACCCUAUCUGAACGAAGAGGGAUAGAACAAACAUGCUUAACUUAAAAUAAAAGCUUAGUAUUUUGAAUAUAGCACAAAUGCAUUACUAUCCACAAGAUAAUCAUAACUUCAUUCUUCCUAUUAAUGGAAAGCCGGUUUGUUUUCAUCUAAGCACUUUCAUGGAUAUGCCUGCUAAGCAAUAAGUGUGAGUGUGUUAAUAUGGAGUUUUCCGAUAAUGAUAUGAGGUUUCAGAAAGGUCAUAUCUGUUAAGAUGUUCAUUAGCUCUGUUUGACGAUUCAGGUAAAUGACUGGCCUUGCGGAACAUUCCUUAUAAUGUUUGGCUGUAUUUCAAUCUGCUAAUUGCUUUUGGGGAGUUUUACAGUAUUAGAAACAAGUAACAUAUAUGACUAAAUAUCAGAGUUGAUCUGAACUUUCUUUGAUUUUUUUUUUAUCCUUGCAAUGCAUGACAUCUGAGCUUUAUUUCACGUCAUUUCUCACAUAUGAUUGCACAGGCAUAGUGUCUCAUUUUCUUUUGAUCUGUUGGCAGUAUGAAAUAAAAA